AGCGCAGUCGCCGCGGCGGCCGCCGAGGACGCAGGACGGAGCCGCGGCCCGCGCUGUCCGGGGAGAAGACGGCGGCCCUUCCGCCUGGGACGACGGGACCUGCGGCACCGGCCCGCGCGCCCGGACCGCGGGGAGCAGCGCAGAUGGUGCGUGAACAAUACACCACGACCACAGAAGGCACCCGUGUAGAGCGGCCAGAGAACCAGUCUGUCUACAAAAUCGGCAUUUAUGGCUGGAGAAAGCGUUGCCUGUACUUAUUCGUUCUUCUUUUGCUCAUCAUCCUCCUUGUGAAUUUUGCUCUUACAAUUUGGAUUCUUAAAGUGAUGUGGUUUUCCCCAGCAGGGAUGGGUCACCUGUAUGUUACAGAAGAUGGACUUCGCCUGGAGGGGGAAUCGGAGUUUUUAUUCCCACUGUAUGCCAAAGAAAUACACUCCAGAGUGGACUCAUCUCUGCUUCUGCAAUCCACACAGAACGUGACUGUAAAUGCGCGCAACCCGGAGGGAGACGUCACAGGCAGGUUAGAAGUGGGUCCCAAAAUGGUAGAGGUCCAGAGUCAACAAUUUCAGAUCAACUCCAAGGACGGCAAGCCACUGUUUACUGUUGAUGAAAAGGCAGUUGUGGUUGGUACAGAUAAACUUCGAGUAACUGGGCCUGAAGGGGCUCUUUUUGAACAUUCAGUGGAGACGCCCCUCAUAAAACCGGACCCAAUCCAGGACCUUAGACUAGAAUCCCCGACACGGAGUCUCAGCAUGGACGCCCCGAAAGGCGUUCAUAUUCAAGCUGCUGCAGGGAAAAUCGAGGCCCUUUCCCAGAUGGACAUCGUUCUUCACAGCAGUGAUGGGACGCUUGUGCUCGAUGCUGAAACCGUGUGUUUACCCAAGUUGGCUCAGGGGACUCAGGGUCCCGCAAGCGGCUUGCAGGGACUCUACGAGAUCUGUGCGUGUCCAGAUGGGAAGCUUUACCUGGCUGUGGCCGGCGUGGGUACCACGUGCCACGAGAACAGUCACAUCUGCCUCUAAACCAGGGGCGUCUUCCACGGAGCUACCUGCCUCGUUUCGGUGAGCUUUGGAGUGCCGACCUCAAGCCUUCACACCUGGAGCGACUCGACAAAGUAAAGCUGAGUUGGCACAUGGGAAGGAAGUAGGACCCACUUUCGAAAGGAGCUCAGAAAGAAAAAUGUACCAGUGGAAGCGUUCCCAUGAAACUCCGUGAUCUCAAAGUGGCGGGUGGACCUUAGACACAAAAGUCAAAGGAAUAUCAGGGGAAUGUGUUGAUUCCACUAGACUGAUUCAUUUCCAUCAGAACCAUUGUGACUUUCCCUUUCUUGUGCGUGUCGAUCUACAGUGAAAUAUUGAACUGCUGUGUGGAAUAUCAGCUGUGGGUACGUGACUCCCCAUGAGAGUAGCCGUGGUCCUGCUGAGGUGCCCCGAGAGUUCCAUGAGCUUUUCCUCUGUGUUGAUCAAACCUGUAAGUGCUCUCUUCAUUUUAAUGCAACGUGUGUCAGGUUUCACAAGAAAAUCUUCAAGUUUUGAAGGGACAUUAAGGUUGAUGUGAUUUUCAAUAUGUAGU